AUGACCGACAAAAAAAGGCAAUCAAAAUCGAGAGAUAAAAAAAGUCGCAGCGAUCUAUUUGUCAGUGGAAUGUUUUACUCGAAAAUGCUUUCAAAUCUAAACUUGACAGGGACGCGAAGUCCGUUGUGUUUCAAAGGACACAGAACUACUCUAUAGGGCCCAAGAGACGAGGAAAUCCUUGGGUACCACAGCUCGGAAAAAAACCAUCAGUACAAGACGUUUCGAAGAAGCUUUUACGAAGAAGUUUUGAAAACUUUCAGCAAUGGAGACGAUCGAGAACACAAGAAAGUUGACUGUGAAAAGGACUCCGAGUGCUCAUCAGACCACUGGCGCGAGCAAUCAACCCCCAGCUCCAGUUCGGUCGCCAGACUUGCCUCCCACUCCUGACGACCUUGAGAAGAACCAAAACAAAUAA